AUGCCAUUUACUCAAGGAUUAUGGGUAUUGGGUUAUGGAAGUUUGAUAUACAAGCCACCACCACAUUACAAAUACAGAAUGCCCGGUAUAAUAUAUGGGUAUGCUCGAAGAUUUUGGCAAUCUUCUUCAGAUCACAGAGGCACACCAGAGAGUCCUGGAAGGGUAGUUACAUUGAUUCCAUAUGAAGAUAUUAUUAGCGAUUCAAAAUUCAAUGAAAACAUUGAGCACUAUUUAGAAAAUAACACUACUGAUCCAAUAAGGGGGAAAAAAAAAAAAUUGAGUGAAAAAGAUUUAAGCAUAAUCGGUGUUGCAUAUUACAUCCCACCAGAUUAUGCACAGGAAGUUCAUCAAUAUUUAAACGUUAGAGAACAAGAUGGAUAUACUAUCCAUAGCAUAGAAAUACAUUUACCUUCAUUAUCAGAAAAUACCACCCAUGAUAUGGAUUUAAAGAAUGCACUCAAUAUAUUGCCAAUUGAGCAAAACCCACAGACAGGCAACAAAUACCAUGUGUUAACUAGCUCAGUUUACAUAGGUACUAAAAAAAACCAAUCGUUUGUUGGUCUCGAAAGCAUUUCUGAUACUGCCAAAGUUAUUGCAUCCAGUGUUGGUCCCAGUGGAACAAACUAUGAAUAUUUAAUAUUACUAUACAAAUCAAUUAACGAAAUCUUGAAUAAUUUUGAACACAAACUGCGUAUUAAACGUAGAGACUUGUAUUUGGAAGAAUUGGUGAAAAAAACAAAAGAACUGUAUGAAUAUGCAGAACCAAGUUGGAUAUAG